UUCCGUAUCAUUAAACCUAAGAGAGUGUUCUUCAUGGCUGUUGAUGGUGUGGCUCCUCGGGCAAAAAUGAAUCAACAAAGAGGACGUCGUUUUCGGUCUGCUAAAGAGGCAGAAGACAAAAUUCGUAAAGCUUUGGAAAAGGGCCAAGUUCUACCGGAAGAAGAAAGAUUUGAUUCCAAUUGUAUUACCCCUGGUACUCCUUUUAUGGUAAGACUCCAUGAGCAAUUGAAGUUUUUUGUUAGUUACAAGAUUUCUACUGAUCCUGCUUGGCAAGGAUUAAGAGUAUAUCUGUCUGGACAUGAGACACCUGGUGAGGGUGAGCAUAAAAUCAUGGAGUUCAUCAGGUCUGAGAGAGUGAACCCUGACUAUGAUCCCAACACAAGGCAUUGUCUAUAUGGCCUAGAUGCUGACCUGGUGAGUAAAUCAAGUUAA